AUGGCUUCCGCGCAACAGGACCCGAGACUCAUCGCACUGCACGAGAAGGCCGUCCGGCUGCUCGUACACAAGCUUAAAUGCAUUCCAGCUCGCGUCUUCCCCUCCGGCCGCAAACCCACCAUCAUCGACAUCUACGAGAACAAUGUCGCCGCCUUCCACAUCCCCAACUUUCCUCCCUGUUACCAGCUCGACUUCGUCCUCGGCAACUACCACCUCUUCGUCGCCGCGGACUUCAAGGUGCGCAAGAAGGAAGGCGAUAUGAACGUUAGCCUUGCGAUCUGGUUCUGGCAGAUGGACCAGUAUCAUUCGUUCUCGCGAAGGCAUUUGCAGGUCCGCCUCAACAUCCUGAUGGCCUGUAUCAUCGGCUUGAGCACCGAGCCGCAUCGCUACGUCACCGAGGAUGCCCUCGAAUUCAGCACCGCGCUUCUCGACGCGUGGCUUUGGACCGUCACGCGCCAAGAUGACUACGAGAAGCAAGAGAUCUUCCUGACCCAAUGGGUCAAUGGACCCUACGAUCUCAUGCGCUUCGGAAAGAAAGCACGUCUUGAGAUGUGCAGGGCGGUCAAGAAUUUGGAGAAGUAUGUGCCGGAUCCGCAGUACGCGCCUCCCGAUAACGUUCCCAUCUGGGAGGGGGUGAAGUACGUGUCCCCCAAAUUCGUGAAGACGUUUGGACCGGCUUGGGCUAUACAGCACAUUGUCGCGGUGGAGAAGUCCGGCAAGAAGAUCGAUGAGUUGGGAAAGACGGGGGAGGUGGAGGAUGCGCUGGCGACUGGGUCAUUCUUUGCAGGAUUUGGCAGUAUGGGGCUGGGACCUGAGCCAUCUGGUCUCUCUUUGGAGGUUUUUGGGCGACCAUUGGUGCAGGCACUUCUUCACGAGGAGGAAGAUCUGGAUAUGGCCGUUCCAGCUGAAGGGGGUCUGGGUGAAGCGUGGAUGAACCCUGCAGAUGCCAUCGAGAUGGUAGAGGGUACUAGUGCCAGGUACGAGGGCAUGAAAGACCUGUUCAGCAAGGUGAAGUGGGGUGAGAUGACCGAUAAUGCGGCGUAG